AAUUAAUUCCACUGCGCCAACAACAAAUUCUACGAUACCCAGAAUUAAUUCCACUGUGCCAACAACAAAUUCUACGAUGCCCAGAAUUAAUUCUACUACGCCAACAACAAAUUCUACGACACCCAGAAUUAAUUCUACUGCGCCAACCACUCAAGUUCGAUUGGCGUCACAAAUUUUAUCAAUUGCUACCUAUAUCAAAAUUCCAAUUUCUAUUUCAUUAACAUUAUUAAAAAGAAUUUCACAAGAUACACAGAUUGCGGUAGUUAAUAAAAAGCCGCAAAUUGUUAUUGAGGAUGUUUUGUUUAAUAUAGGUUCAAUCAGAUGUAUUGCAAAAAAGAUGAGGAUAGAAAAUAGCUAA